AUGGUGGUUUUAGUGGUGGACUCUUCAGCAUCUGCUACAGAAAGUAAAGGAGGAACUGUUCUUAUCAGAAGCAGUAAUGGCCAGCUAAUGCUAGUAUCCCAACAAGCAGUAUCACAAGCACAGAGUCAGCCACAAAAUAACACAAGUGUGAGACCAUCUGUACCGACCAGCACACCUACAAUCAGGAUAUGUGCUGUGCAGAACUCUGGCACCCAGAUACUACAGAAAGUUGCAGCUACUCCUGUGAAAACAUUAUCUCAAACAGCAAAUGCUGUAGCUUCUACUGUUCAGCCACCUGCUAUAGUACAGCCAACAGCUGCAACAGCUAGUGUUACCACAGUUACUGCUGUAAAGCCUUCGAGUACUGGAACACCUGUAAAACUUCCAGUUACAGGACCACCUGCACAAGCUGUCUCCCAAAAGGCAGUCUCUGUGAAAGCAGAGGGCACAACAGUAGCACCGACCAGCACUUCUACAGAGAUGUUAGAGAAUGUGAAGAAAUGCAAGAAUUUUCUUGCUACACUAAUAAAAUUGGCAUCUAGUGGACCUCAAGCUUCUGAGAUGGGGCAGAAUGUGAAGAAUCUUGUGCAAAAUUUAUUGGAAGCAAAAAUUGAACCAGAAGAAUUUACAAAAAAGCUAUACAUAGAGCUCAAGUCAUCUCCACAACCGUAUUUAGUUCCUUUUCUCAAGAAAAGCUUACUUGCCUUACGACAGCUAAUGCCCAAUGCUCAGAGCUUUAUCCAGCAGUGUAUCCAGCAGCCAGCUCCAACCCAAGAUGCCGUUUCUACUUCUACCUCUGCAGCACCAGCUUCUUCGAUAGCAGUGGCAACCUCAGCUGUAGCAACAACCUCUCUUCCAGUUAUAAAACCAGUGUCUGACACUGUAACAGUCCCAGCCUCUCCAGUUAUAAAGCCAGUCCUUGUCAGUACGUCGGCAACAGGUUCUCUGCACACUGUGAAGCCUGUUCCUGCCUCCACAGUGGUCACAGCAUCUCUUCGCCCUGCAGCUUCAGUCCUCACCACGACGAUAGCCACAUCAGGGCUGACUGCUAUCCAAACUGUCAGGCCAGCCUUCACUUCUGCGGUAGCAGCGUCCUCUCUCCAGUCCGCAAAGCCACUACUAGUCUCUCCAGUGGCAUCUCCAGCAACAACCCCUCUCCAGCCUCUGAAAUCAGCCAUUGGAGCCCCAUUCGGUUUCAAAAUCUCGCAGCCAAAAUCCGUCGUUGCACAGUCAGUAGGCGCUCAGCAGGUGGUUAAAGUGAAACAGUUGGUAGUCCAGCAACCAUCAGGAACUGUUGUAAAGCAGGUAUCCACACUCCCACAACCCUCAAUACAGACCCUACAGACACCUGCUGAGAAGAGGAUGCCACUGAAUACACUUGUUCAAACUAGCCAGUUCCCUGCAGGUUCCAUUCUGAAACAGAUUACCCUGCCAGGACAUAAAAUUCUGUCGCUUCAAGCAUCUCCUGUUCAGAAAGCUAAAAUAAAAGAGAAUGGAGCAACCUCCUUCAGGGAGGAAGAUGAGAUAAAUGAUGUGACUUCUAUGGCUGGGGUCAAUCUUAAGGAGGAGAAUGCAUGCAUUUGGGCAACAAACUCUGAGCUUAUUGGUACAGUGAUCCACUCCUGUGCAGAUGAACCUUUUCUCUUCCCCGAAGCACUUCAGAAGAAGAUCUUGAACAUAGGUAGAAGGCAUGACAUUAUGGAACUUAACUCUGAUGUUGUGAACUUGAUCUCCCAUGCUACACAGGAGAGAUUACGAGGGCUCCUAGAAAAACUAACUGUAAUUGCUCAGCACAGGGUAUCAACCCACAAGGGGAGUGAUAACUACAUCAUAUCUAGUGACACCAGAGCACAACUGAGAUUUCUUGAAAAGCUCGAUCACCUAGAAAAGCAGAGAAAGGAUGAAGAGGAACGUGAAAUGUUGCUUCGAGCAGCCAAGAGCCGUUCCAAUAAAGAGGAUCCUGAGCAACUGCGGUUAAAGCAGAAAGCGAAAGAGAUGCAACAAUUGGAGUUAGCACAAAUGCAACAAAGAGAAGCCAACCUCACAGCUUUGGCAGCCAUUGGACCAAGGAAGAAGAGACCACUGGAUUUGUCCAACGUUGGAUCUGGGUUAGAGGAUUUGAAAGGCAGUGGGAUUGCUCCUGGAUCAUCAGGUUUUAGCCUUACGAAACAGCUGCUCUGUCCAAGAAUAACCCGCGUCUGUCUCAGGGACUUGAUAUUCUGCAUGGAACAAGAGAGGGAUAUGAAGCAUUCUCUAACCUUGUACCGUGCUCUUCUGAAGUGA